CGGGGUUGGCCGCUUGUGAUAACAGUAUCCCACGUAUUGGGCGUAGCAACCGAUGUUGUCAUCAAGAUAUUCAAAUAGAUACUCUCUUACACGGACCAAAUCAGUGUCUCCGAUCAGUGCAGCGAGUCGAGUGUAUUUAACUCUGAGAUCAAAGCCACGACAACCUUGCUCCAGACAUGAAUAAAACGGCGGGUAUGAACGGCACAGAGCCAGAAAUUAUUGAAGACCUAGCUCCAUCCUGGAGCGGAUUAACACAGGCUGAAGUGGUAGUGGUGGGAGCUGUUGGCGCAGUGAUACUCCUCGCGACGUUGGCGGUGUUUCUACGCAUCAUCAUGCCUCGCGUACGACAGAGAUCUACCAAAGACAAGGUCAUACAUCGGAAGCCAAUCGUAGAAGAGAAAACAGGGAAUCUGUUGGCUCCGGGGACACCAUCUUCCCAAUCGUCUCGCUCUACAUCAUCCCGUUCCAGUAACCAAGGCGACUGGUCAGAUGCCUCCUCCUACAAAACAAAGAGCACGUACUAUUCACAAAACAGCCUGUUUCCAGGGAAACCAAACUCGUUCAGUAACCUUCGUCAACAGGCGGGUCUCAAUUCUGCCAACGCAUCACCGGCAUCGUACAGAAGCAAAACAACCGAGAGGCUGAACGACGACUUGAUCUCCAUGAUAUCCCAACAGUCUAAUGUGCUAGAGCCCCUAAACCUCUCAGAGCAGUACAGAAGUAACUGGGAACAAACGUUUGAAGAGCAACACGCGGAGAAAGGACACACGAACAUCAGCUAUGUGUCCCAUCCGUCAGACAACAUCGUCAUGCCCGACAGAUUCGACACAUACCCCUUCAGGCAUUCACAGAACAGCCCAAUAACACGCCCGGUGCCCAUAAUCGUUUACCCAGAGCAGACAAGGUUGUAGAUCACAUGUAUGCCCGUUAUUGUGGUGUAUUUAUCAAGUCUCAGUUAUGUGAUAAGGUGACUCACAGUGAUCUACGCAACGAUUGACACAUGGAUGGGUGAUUGACAAACCCAGUGAUUGUUCCGGCUACUUUACAGCUAUUUACAACGUGGACAUAUCGACAUCGAAGUUAAGUCAACAUUACCAUCAGUAUCCCGAAGUUUAAUCUGUAAAAGGUGUGCAUCCAGAAUCUUUACAUAGAGUGUACUGAUGAAUGGCAGAGUCUUCCGCGGGGUAUAUGAAUAAUGCAUAAACUGCACAUGCGCAGUGUGAUGCCACGUGACCCGGUGUACGUUUAUCAACUGAGUUGCUGUUGUUAUUUGUUAUUUAUACCAUCGUUUGUAAAUAUGUGUAUAAUGAAUGCAUUAUUAUAUGUGAUUCCUAUCUUCACCAGAUAUAGCCCAUUAAAUAGUGUUCAUCACACUGAUAUCAUAUAAUGGAUGACUGCGACCAAAAGACCACCAUACAUUAUCCAUUUCAUUGCAUUCCAUUUAUUCGUGUUUUCGAUGAACUUUCAACAUUCCUGAAAAUCACAAAGUGUGUUUCGGUAUUAUCUGCCUGUAUAAGCCCCUUUCCGACGCAGCUGGGUAGUCUAGAGGUUAAAGCGUUCGUUCGUCGCAGCGAAGACCAGAUGGUUCCAUUCCCCAAGUUAGGUACUAUGUGUGAUGGCAAUUUCUGGAAUCGCCCACCGUGAUAUUGCUGGGAUAUGCAUGGCAUGGAUAUUGCUAAAGACGGCUUAAAACCUUACUCACUCACUCCUCGAGUGAGAGACAACCCUGUGAAGAGUCCCAAAGUCCAACAAUGCAAACUAGGGAGUUAUGUCCCUUGGGGUCUACAGUUUGAGUUUCGCAGCAGACAUUCACGCCGUAACAUCAGUCUUGAUCUCUGAGAACUUCUCCCAUGACGUUCAGGCGACCGUCCACGACCUUUGUUGCCUUAAGCUUUGCACUCACAUUACGCUUAUCUGUACCUGUACUGAAAUAACUUAAGUGCAUAAUGGCAUUGAACUCGCUUGCUUACCUCGGAACCAUGUAAACAAACAUAUUAAUAUUUCCCUUAGAGGAACACAGAUCCACGGGGAAAUCGUUUUCAUCUCUGAAAGCUGCUGAAUUUUGAAGCUUUGCUACAGUUUAUUUGUCCCAUCUGAACAAAAAAUAUAAUGACGUAUUGUCUGCCAUGUUGAACCUGUCGUUGGGAUAAGGCAAUCUGAAGCUGAACAUAUGUGUGUAUGUAAAUUAAUAUUUUUGUACUUUUUGUAUUGCUGUGAAUAAAGAUUACAAAUCUG